UCUAUCCGUUGAGGGUUGACUACGGACUGCUUUGCUUUGGGUAGGGUUGGGGAUUGCGUCGGGCCCUGCCUUGGGCUGGCUUGGGCUUGCUUGGCCUUCGCGCCCGUCGCUGGCUGGCUUCGCUUCGUCGCCACUUCACUUCCUUCCCCCUCCCGCUCCUCCUCCUCCUCCUCCUCCUGUCUCGCCUUCUUCUUGUCCCGAGUGGCGAUGGCCACUGCCGUCGAAGCUUGACCGCGCGAUUCAUCCACUCACUCACUUGCAAGCUGGAGGACGCUGCUGCUCGGAUUCGCAUUCGGGUGGAGAUCUUUCUUCCCGGCACCACCCCCUACACGCUCUUCAAGACGCUCCGAGCAUCGGACCUGUGGUGACAGACAUGCGCUAGUAGGCAGACCAGACUCUCGUGGCUUUGCUUUGCUGCUUGAAAGGCGGACAGCGGAGAAGAGGCGGUGGGACGCGAUUCUCAGUUGUUGUUGUUGUUGGUGUCGUCGUAGUUGUCGUAGUAGUGUGCGGAAGCUUUAGAGUGAAGCAGCGAGCGACCUGUAGUACGAUAGAUAGCGUUGCGAAAAGGCGACGCGUUUACAGAGAGGAAGUCGAGACUCGGCAAGCAAGGCAAGCAAGGCAAGCGAGGAAGCCAGCUUUGGCAUCGGAGGAGCUCGGGUGGCAGUCACUUGCCAGACGAGUGAGUCUCCCAUCGGGGAAACGAGGCUCUGCGCAUCGUGAGAGGGUUUGCCAAGGCCGGUGCUGAGGUCUCAAGCCGCAUGAUGUGCCUAUAUUGCGCGCCACUGAUGGAAUUCCUGAUAGAACGAGUUUACCGUCGCACUGAGAAUUGAAUGGAAUGUCGUGUGUUGCCGUCGCAACCUCACCAGCGUUGGCCUCGUGCCUUUCGCCUUCCAUUAGACAUCGCGAGGAAAGCAGCCCACAAGCGGAUUCUCGAUCACCGUCUCCGGGCUCGAGCCUAGAUUUAAUGCCUUCAUCUGUUUUGGUUUCCACUCCCCCCAAGCUCUCACCCAUGAUUUCCAUUCACAAGCCCUCGUCCGCUCUCUCUCCCAUCACCCUUGCAUCUCCGCGGGUCCUGUGUUCGCCCAAAACGCCGUCAUGGACCUCGCCCAUAGGCACGCCGACCACGAGAUCAUCGUGUUCGUGCGCAAGUUUUUCCAUCUGCUCCUCUUGUUCUUGCACCUUGGCCUCGGCAUCUCCCGGUGAGGUUCGAUGGCGGGCUUUCCAGGAGAAACGGGAAUCGCAUUCAGAUGUAAAGUCCGGUGCUUCUGCCAUUUCACCUCUGGAGGGUCCUUCCUCGCGGAUGGGCAAUGGCAUUUCCUCUCACAACACCGUCUUGAACAGCUCCAACGGCGUUUCUUUCACCAACAAGGGUAUCCCGUCCCCCAGGUUCUCAAGCUCGACCUCUCAACCACAAUCUCACGUCGAGGCUCCCUCACCCAGAUUUGGAGGGUGCAACAACCUAUCGCAUUUUUCAUCUCCGAAGCCUCUAUUCUCUCGGGUCAGCCAUGCCAAAAUCCAUCCUUCUGCUGGGAGCAAUGAAUCUGAGAACAAAGAGAAUGCAGGUGGUGGUAAUUCAGGAUCUUGGAUUUUUGGUACCAAAGAUUUGUUCAGCUUGGACAUCCCCAAAGAUCAGGAGGACCCAUCAGAACCUCUCCAACCAAAUGUAGGAGAAUCAACCACAGGUGAAAAGGACGUCGUUGGGCACAGCGGGCGCCCGAGUACGCCACCAUUGAAGCGUAAACGCCCUCCCAAGCUGAAAAUCCCAGCAGGCAACAACGUUGUGCCAAACAUGAUGCCGCAUGGCGUGGAUCUGAACGAGGAUGCAAUCAAUGAAAUGACAUUCGAAGGUCCAUACUUCGGAAUAUCGUGUAAGAAAGGCCGGAGGGAGCACCUCGAAGACAUCCAACGCGCCAUUCCUGACAUGAAUGGGGAUCCCCGACAGGCCUUCUUUGGUGUCUUCGACGGUCAUGGAGGAAGGAAGGCAGCUGACUUCGCUGCAGAGAACUUAGUCCACAAUAUAGUCGACGCCAUGGAAAGUUCGGAUAAGGAGGAGGGCUACAUGGAAGCAGCCGUUCGGGCUGCCUAUCUUACCACCGACGCCGAUUUCCUGAAGAAGGGUGUCGGUAGCGGAACGAGCUGUGUAACUGCCAUUAUGAGAGAUGGUUACAUGGUGGUCGCAAACGCUGGCGAUUGUCGAGCAGUUUUGAGCCGGGAUGGACAGGCAGAGGCUCUCACUAGCGAUCAUCGAGCUGGUAGAGAAGAUGAGCGAAAUAGGAUUGAAAAGCUGGGAGGCUACGUGGACAAUUUGACUGGCACCUGGAGAGUUCAAGGUGUCUUGGCCGUAUCGAGGGGUAUCGGCGACAUCCACCUGAAAGAAUGGAUAUCGGCUGAACCAGAAGUGCAGAAGUUACAAAUCACGUCCGAUUGCGAGUUCCUUAUUUUGGCAUCGGAUGGUCUUUGGGAUGCGGUGAGCAAUCAAGAGGCUGUAGACUUCGCCAGAGUUGUGCUGCAAGCAGCGGCGGCCACGAAGGUGGAGUCAGAGUCUACGGCGUCAACUCUUACCUCCGGUACAAGCGAGGAAGGUGGAGCAGAGGGAGGUGCCAUUGAGAAUCAUUCACGAUUGUUUGACGGCCAGUUUUCAGAUGGAAGCCCGCAAAUGUCGUCGAAGACGGAUUGUGAGAAAAGCAAGGAAUCAUGCUCAACCACUGAGGAUGAAGUUGACAUAUUCGCAGGAACUUUUGAUAUCGGAGUUCCAGAAACCGGAAUUCCCGAAACACCUGCGCCUUCUGCAGGUCCAGUCGCUGCAUGCAAGAGACUCCUCGAGAUCGCCAUCGAACGUGGAUGUCACGACGAUAUUAGUGUUUUGAUCGUAGACCUCCAGCAUUUUUGCAAAUCAGCUUAGUAGGCCUUCUAAAAUUUCAAGCGCAAGAGCUUUGUCAAGCUCUCGUGCCCAAAAUGGAGAAUAUCUUCUGAUAUUUUGUUUCAGCACAUAUGAGGAUUUUUUCCACUAGUUUCAGAGAGUAGAGUUGAGUGGUGGGAAUUAAGAUCGUAGUUGAAAUGCUUCUAUACUUAAAAUGCUCCUUGUAUGUCAUUUUUCGAGACCUUACAUGCACGGCCUAGAGAGGGGAGUAGUGAAGAACAGUAGAAACACCCUUCAAACGGAAGGCUGGGGGGAAGUUACGUUGUACAAUUAUAGAUUAUAGCAGUUUAGUAGUCAUCAGAUAGGCCUCCACAAAUCAUAGCAGCUCUUUAUACUAGUAUGUAGUUCAUAGCAACUGACAGUUCCACCUGUACCCCAUCUUUAGAUUCGACCUUAUUCUUUAGGCACCUGGCAUUCAACCAGAUUUCUUUCGAUAUCUGAGAAAUCAUUCUUCUCCAGCGGUAGUCCAGUCCCACUAUGUGCUUAGUACCUGGACAGGACGAUGUUUGAGAGACCGGGAGGAACUUUUUUGAAUGUAAACAGGAGCCGAAUUCAGGUUUUCCUGAUUCUGUCAUAGUGAAGCAGGGAAGCAAACAAGUCAUCGGUGACUUUACGCCAUUCGG